UGUGGGGGGCAUGAAUUGGAUCAUUAAUUGCCACAUAGGAACAUGAUUCAUACCUACACCACCCCCUUGGAGCUUCAUAUCGUGGUGUGCGUGAAUUAACCCACGAAUCCCACGACCCACUUUUUCUAUUUUCUAGGGUUGAAACAAUAAAUAUAUAAACAAUUUUUUUCCCUAUUUUCUAUUCUUCCAUCAUCCCCACCUAUCAAAACCCUAAACCAUUCGUACGACCACAAGCACAAGAACAACAUCAGCAUAGCAAUACUAGCAAACCUUAACCCUCUUUUCUAUUGCUCCAACAAGACGACAAGCAACAGGAGCAACAACAAAAAGAUCAAGACGACAAGUAUACCAGCAAAGAAUAGUAAAUACUACCAUGGAUCCAAGCAACCCGAACAACCCGCCACAAACCCCGUGGACGGGACCUGUUGAUCCGAUGUGGGCGACUCCACAAUUUUCUUUUUCAAGCUAUAAUCAAGUUCCUAACGCGUUCACGCAACUCCCUCAAACCCCGCAUCCUACUAGUUUCUUUCAACUUCAACAAAUCCAGUUUCAACAACAAUAUCAACAACAACUUAAAACGCUCCAACAAAGCCAAAGUCGGCCUAUUCAUACGAAGGUCCAAUCGCAACCGACACCCGAUACCCCUUCGUUAGACGAUUUGGAUGACAUUGCCGUUGUACCCGAAACCCAACCACAAAGUUCUAAGAAAACAUCUACAAAAAAGCGUUCAAAGAGGCCGGAACAAGAAAAGUUAACCACCGGUAGAGGUCAAACUUGGACAUCGAUCGAAGAGUUGGCGUUGGCAAGGGCGUGGACCAAUACGUCUACGUGUCCGAUCAUAGGUAAUAAUCAAAAGUCUGGUAGUUUUUGGAAGGAGGUUUGCAACAAAUUUCAUGCUUUGAUGCAAAAAGAACCGUACCGAGAAGAGAACUCAUUGGGCUCAAAGUAUCGAGAGAUGAAUAAGAAGAUAUCGGCGUUUUGUGGUUAUUACAACAAUGCUUAUUUGAAUCGGCCAAGUGGGGCGAGUGAUGAGACGGUUUUUGCCAAAGCUAUGUCAAAAUACCAUACGAAAGAAGGUAGUGCGUUCACAUACGUAGGGGCUUGGGAAAUCUUUAAAAAUUGUCCCAAGUGGGCGCCGAUUCCUAACGAAGUAACAAGAGCAAAGAGGUGUAAAACAUUCGAGUCGAUAGAACAUAGUGCCGGUGAUUCGGAUGUGCGUUACCAUAUUAAUAUUAAUGACGAACCCGAGUUUGACGAUGAAGUGACGGAGAUUCCGGAAUUGAAGCGCCCAAAUGGUAGAGACAAAGCAAAAAAGGAAGCGGCGGCCAAAAAUAAAGAGGCGUCGACAAAAAAUGAAACUCCGGGUGAAACGAAGGUGGAUAAGUUGAUGAGCAAGUUCAACGAAUUUAACGAAAUACAAGCGGCGAGACUUAAGUUGAAAGAAAAAGAAAUGCAAGAAGCGGCCGAUCGUGAAGACUUUAAGCUAAUGGCGACAAAUAUCGACUCGCUCCCGGAAAAAGAUAAAGAAGUGUUGCAAAAAAUGAAGGCGAAAAUUGCUCAAAAAUGGGGUCUUUAAAACUAUACCGUAUCCAGAAGAUGAAAAAAGAAAGAAAUUUGCAAAAUGUCAGGAAUCUGCUAGGAAAGAUGUUGAGCGUCUAUUUGGGGUUCUACAACAAAAAUGGCACAUAGUUGCAAACCCAGCACGAGCACUUGAACUCAAAACAUUGAGAUAUUGUAUGUAUGCUUGUAUCUUGCUGCAUAACAUGAUUAUCGAAGACGAAGGUAACGCCAUAUGUGAAUAUGAUCCUAAUGACAUUCAUGAGAAUGUUGUACCA